CUCGACCCAAAACGUCGACAGCGCUUCUCCCUAUAGAUGCUGCCUGGCCUGCUGUGUUCCACCAGCAUUUUGUGUGUGUUGUUGUAUGGUACGAUCUGUCCAGAUGGUACACAAAACAAAAAGCUUUCACUGUCUUGGUAUAUGCAGCAACAAUAAACCAAUACCAAUUCCAAUCAGUUUUACUGCAAUCACUUUCAACUUUCCAAUGGGGUUAUUCAGCACAAACAAAUAUGAGACUCCAUCAAUAUUGCACAAACCCAACCAUUAACAGACUUUCUUCGAAAACAGUUAGGGACAGUCCCAAAAUGCAGCUGUGGCCUUUCCUCAUUUCACUUCCAGUUAAAGCCAUUCAUCCCAACCACUUCACCGGCCUCCGAAAAAGCUGACCCCCCCCAAGCGCGCCCCCGACAGCGUGCGCGGGCACGCUUCAGUACAGGGGCGGGGCCGCGCUGUCGGGCUCACUCUCUGCACCCAACCGUGCGGCACAAUCCGAUUGGUCCUCUUCCAGGAGGGCGGGGCAAGAAAAGCCCACUGAACCAAUCAGACGGAGAUUGAGAUUGAAAACGGGGAGGGGGGUCGUCUGCGGGCAAAUUUGUUAUUUUAGAGAAAAAUACAAAUAAAAUUCAGAAUUUAUUUAACAAAAAAUAACGAAGGCCUUGGGUGAGGGAGAAGAGCAGUCGGUGAGAGGCUGCAACGCUACCAGGCCGCCCGUUACCUUGCUCGGGCCGGCGCCGGGCGCUGGCUGCUGCCGGUUGUCCGUGGCACAGGCCUCGAUUCACUUGCCCAAGUGUUUCCUUCGCCACUAACACACCUUCCAGGGAUAGCGGAUACUUUCAAAUUCAUAAUGAGGAUCUCUUGGCUGCUGAGUCACAGGCUAUUCAUCUCCCCAGCCCAUUGGCAGUUCUUCUGCUCGAUCAUAACUCUGCUACUUGUGGAGUUUGCUGCCCCAGAACAGAACUCCUGUCAAAUUUGCCGUCAUAUUGUUGAGAACUUCAGAAAGGGAAUGGAGAAAACCGCAAACAAGAAUUUUGGUGGUGGGAACAGUGACUGGGAGAAGAAAAAUUUGGCAAAGUAUGAAAUCAGUGAGACUCGUCUUCUAGAGAUCAUCGAGAUGCUCUGUGAAAGCAUGAAUUUUGAUUGUAAUCAGAUGGUGGAGCAAAGUGAAGAGCACAUUGAAAAUUGGUGGUUCACAAAGCAGGAGGAGCAGCCAGAUCUGUUCCAGUGGCUUUGUAUGGAUACCAUCAAAGUAUGCUGUUCUGCUGGGACCUUUGGAUCUGAAUGUCUACCAUGUGCAGGUGGAUCAACAAAGCCCUGCAGUGGAUAUGGUCAAUGUGAUGGUGAUGGAACACGGACUGGGACUGGUCUGUGUAAUUGUAAUCAAGGCUAUGCAGGUUCUAUAUGUAUGGAGUGUGCUGAUGGAUACUUUGAAGAGUUAAGGAAUGAUAGCCACUUGGUAUGUAAAGAAUGCUACAAAUCCUGCAAGAAGUGCACAGGUCCUGAGGACUAUAAAUGUCAAGAAUGCAGAGUUGGUUGGUUCUUUCAUGAAGACAAAUGCUUAGAUGUUGAUGAGUGUGACACAGAGCUACGGAGCUGCAAGGCUGGUCAGUAUUGUGUGAACACAGAAGGCUCCUAUGACUGCAGAGGUUGUGACAAAGCCUGUUUGACCUGCAUGGGAGCUGGACCCAGUAGGUGUAAGAAGUGUAAUAAAGGCUAUCGGAUGGAGGGAGCCAAGUGUCUGGAUAUCGAUGAGUGCAACAGUGAGAAACCAAUCUGUAAUGGUGCACAUGAAGAGUGUAAAAACACAGAUGGCAGCUAUAUUUGUGGAUGCAUUGAGGGAUAUUCUAAACAAAACGGUGUUUGUGUUGAGGACAAGCUGUCUCUCCCUGAAGAAGGUCUCUUUGACAACGUUACUGAGGAUGAGAUGGUAGUCCUACAGCAAAUGUUCUUUGGUGUCAUCAUAUGUGCGCUAGCAACACUUGCAGCAAAGGGAGACAUGGUCUUCACCUCUAUCUUCAUUGGAGCUAUUGCAGCAACUGCUGGGUACUGGUUAUCAGAGAAAUCAGACCGUCUUGUGGAUGGAUUUCUUAAAGGAAAAUAAUGUGGAAUAUAACUUAAGAAAAAUCAAUCAGACAAUUAUCUGUGGUAAUAGUUGACUCAAAAAAAAAACUGUCUUAUUACCCAGUGGACUGCUUUAGAAGAGCCGGUGGUUGAGAAUACAAUUUGAAAUUAUGGAUAAAAUAUCAAUCUAUCAAUAAUGAAUUCAACAUAAACUGCAUGUUUGAAAACAGAAGGCAUGGUGAGGUGUCCCUGUCAGUACAACCCUCAUGCUUGUACUUUUUCAUGAAUGCUGAGGUUAGGUAAAUUUUACAAUGAUGUAACUUUCUGAGUAAUCCACUAAUUUAUUGCAAAAUGCUGCUGCAUGGGCUUGGUCCACAAGCUUAGUUAUCAGAGAAGAAAUUUCAGUUACUUUUCAAGUAAGUCAUGCUUCCAAUUAUAAAACAUAUUAUUUUUGGAAAACUAGCCCAAGUACAGUCAAGUAGACCAUGGAUUUGUUAAAUAAACUUAUUGGUGUCUAAUUUUCACUCCUUGACUGACAGUGGGCUGGCUAAUUAUCUGAUGCCACUCUGUAUGUCUUUAAGUUUAUGACUACUGGAUUGAGCCUAGAGGUCCCAUUCAAGCAUUUUCUUCUCCUGUUAAAAGUCAUAUUAAAUACAUGGGAGUUGAAUACAUAAUCAAUGUCAGGCACUAAAUGAAUACAGGUCUCAUUGAAGUUUUUGUACUAGCAAAACAAUAUGUUCCUUGGUUUUUUGAUGGAGGACUGGUUAGAAGAUAACUCACACAGUUGAUAUCAUGUUCUAUUAGUAACUUAUUUGUUUCCUUAACCCACUGAAGUGAUCAUGUUAUGAAAACUUAAGUUUUGAAAUGCUGAUUAAGCAACAGGUAUCAGUUGGGUUUGCAGGAUUUGAGUGUUAGUAUUAGUAUGAUGUGGUAGGUAAUGACUAGCUAUCUAACAAAUAAAGGAAGAGGAUAAAAUCUGAAUUGGCCUUAAGUCAUUCAGUUGGAAGGGGUGAAUCUGUUAACACCAUCU